AUGAGCUCGAAGAGAAAGCAGAAGAUUUGUGUGGGAAAACAAGAUUGCAGAGUAACGAAGAAGUCAGAAGUGUACAUAGCUACUAAUGAAGAAAGUCUCGUGGAAGAAGAAAACGCAUUUGUUGUAAGAAAAAGCAACAAACUAACUGUACUCGAAAUAGUGAGCUUUACCGCUACAUUGGUGCUUUUGCUCAGCCUGCCUUCUACGAGGCGUUUGGGCUUAGGGUAG